AUGAGCUGGAACUUUUAGCCGAAUCAUUGAUCAGAUAGAGAGAAAUCAGAACCAUGUCCCGCCACAGGAACGUUCGAGGCUAUAAUUACGAUGAAGAUUUUGAGGAAGAUGACAUUUAUGGACAGUCAGUGGACGAUGAUUAUUGCAUCUCUCCCGCUACAGCCGCUCAGUUCAUUUACUCGCGGCAGGACUCGCGGCAGGCGCGGCAGGUAGAGCCGCUGGAGGAAGAAGAACAUGAGGAAGAGGAGGAGAUUCCAGCCUCACCCUCCGCCACGCUCGUGCUCGACCCCCUGGAACAAGGCCGGCUGUACUCUUGUCUGGACCAGAUGCGUGCGGUGCUGGGAGACACGGUCCUGGACUCGACCCUGAGCCAGGCUGCUCUGAAGUACGACUGCGAUCCUCAGAGAGCUCUCGACUCCAUUCUGUCAGCAGAAAGCAGCAGCAGCAACAGCAGAACACAGACGACUGCACCUCCAACCCAGCAUCCACCACAGAAAGGAGUUUUAUCCCACUCCACACGAAACAGCACACACACACACACACACACACCGGCGACGACACUUCCGCUCAGCCUCGGCGAUCUUUUAGCCACGUCUGAGCCGAACAAGCUCAACGGCUCCGGUCGGGGUUCCGAUUCAGCUAAAGCCCGCGAGGUUCCCGAGGUGCGUCUGGAGUCUGAGGUGCUUCCCAAAGUGGCUCGGAUGACGGUGUCUGGAAAGAAGCAGACCAUGGGCUUCGACGUUCCAAGCUCGGAGGAGAACUGCGUCGCCCCAUGCCUACACGGAGGUCCGGGUCCAGAAGUGACCCCCGUCGCGGCUCCAGAGACUCCGUCUAAACCAGCGUGCGCGGUGGAGGAAUCGGCGGUCCCGACCCCGCCGCGUUCUGCAAGCAAAAACAAACAUCAGCUCAACAUCCGAGCUGAACUUGAGCAGAGGCAGGGGGGUAAACCGCUCCUCAACCUGGUGGUAGUAGGUCAUGUGGAUGCCGGUAAGAGCACUCUGAUGGGUCAUCUGUUGUACUUGCUGGGAAACGUGAACAAACGCACCAUGCACAAGUACGAGCAGGAGGCCAAGAAAGCUGGCAAGGCGUCAUUCGCCUACGCAUGGGUGCUGGACGAGACCGGAGAAGAGAGAGACAGAGGAGUGACCAUGGACGUCGGCAUGACCAAGUUUGAAACCACCUCCAAAGUGGUGACAUUAAUGGACGCGCCUGGACACAAAGAUUUUAUUCCCAACAUGAUCACCGGAGCAGCGCAGGCAGACGUAGCCGUGCUGGUCGUGGACGCCAGCCGGGGGGAGUUCGAGGCUGGGUUCGAGGCGGGCGGUCAGACCCGAGAGCACGCCCUCCUCGUUCGAUCUCUCGGCGUCACGCAGCUCGCCGUCGCCGUCAACAAGAUGGAUCAGGUGAACUGGCAGCAGCAGAGGUUCCAAGAAAUCACCUCCAAACUUGGCCACUUUCUCAAGCAAGCCGGGUUCAAGGACUCGGAUAUUUAUUACAUCCCCACCAGCGGCCUUUCAGGAGAGAAUCUCACCACCAGGAGCAAAGCGGCAGAGCUUAUAGCCUGGUAUAACGGCCCAUGUCUCCUGGAACAGAUAGACCGAUUCAAAGCUCCUCAGAGGUCUGUGGAGAAACCCUUCAGACUCUGUGUCUCGGACGUCUUUAAAGAUCAGGGCUCAGGCUUCUGUGUGACGGGGAAGAUCGAGGCUGGAUUCAUACAGACAGGAGACCGAGUGCUGGCCAUGCCUCCUAAUGAGACCUGCACUGUGAAAGGCAUCACUCUUCAUGAUGAGGCGCUAGACUGGGCAGCUGCUGGUGACCACGUCAGUCUGACCGUCACUGGGAUGGACAUCAUAAAGAUUAAUGUCGGGUGUGUUUUCUGUGACCCUAAGGAGCCCAUUAAGGCUUGUACACGUUUCCGGGCCAGAAUCCUGUUGUUUAACAUUGAAGUUCCAGUAACACAAGGUUUUCCUGUGCUGUUACACUACCAGACAGUCAGUGAACCUGCCACCAUCAGGAAACUGGUCAGUGUUUUACAUAAGAGCAGCGGAGAGGUGCUGAAAAAGAAACCAAAGUGUUUAAGUAAAGGCCAGAACGCUGUGGUGGAGAUCCAGACCCAGAGACCCGUGGCUCUAGAACUCUAUAAGGACUUUAAAGAGCUCGGACGCUUCAUGCUGCGUUAUGUCGGCUCCACCAUCGCCGCCGGGGUCGUCACAGAGAUCAAAGAAUAAAGAGCACCAGCAUGCCGACCAGACCGGGGAGCCACUAAACAGCAGCGCAGUGCCACCCGAACCUGGACAUCAGCCUCCACACACACACACACACACACACACACACACACACUCCCAUACACAGGGAACACGUCACACCAAAGACUUCAGUGAUCUGGUUCAGUAACACCACAUGCAGGCUCACUGUGUUUACAUUAACACACGCUCACCUCCAUUUAUUCGUCCGUCCGUCCAUUUAUUUAUGACGUUAUGAUGAACGGUCUCUGUUAUUAUUUUAUUAAGCUUAAUUUAAAUCUUAAUCCCACUAGAGAUCUCAUCUGAGAGAGGAGAAAACUGGCACUUUUAUUUCACAUUCUGGUGUAUUUGAUUAUAUCUGUGAUUCAGUAAUUAAGGGCUUUGGUAUCUACCAAUCAGAGACGCCGGAUAGUGAUCAAAUAUGCCUCGCUUCAGUCCGCACACCUCUCUCUAGGAACGUCGUACAGCUAAUACAAGCUAAUACAAGCUAAUAGAAAUAAUGCUCUGCUAGCCAAUGACUCACCUGAUGUAACACUAACGAUCAAAUCCGGUGGAGACGCUGAUAACGAAUAAAGCAGGAGAGAAUUCGAGAUGAAUGGAGCACUUUGGUUGAAGAACAUGAAGCACACUUUCUUUCUGAGCUGCCUGGGGUUCAAAAUGUAGUUGAACAGCGAAUGUCAUUAUAGUGUCUGAUUCUCUGAUGUUUCCCCUCCUUUUCUUCCCCAAAGUUUUGCACUGGACUCAGAUUUGUUCAUGUAAAUGAAAGCUAAAGCAUCUCUCGAACCGUGUCCAGCAUUACAGACCUGCUGAUGUGAUGUGUGACUGUAAUAUAGUGAAAUGAACUAAACCUAAUGAAGCACUAAGCAAUAUUUAUAAUCAGAAUACUUUAUUGAUCCCCGAGGGGAAAUUUCAAUUAAUUAUAAUAAUGAUAAUAAUAAUAAUAAAACACCACCAGAGUUGUUGUUCGUACAGGGUGGGAGCCGGACGGGACCUCAUAACUGAUGCAAUUACGACCUCUGCUGGAUGCACAGAGAUGAGGGAUAAUGUGAUCAGGGUGUGGCUCUCUGUACACAGAACUGAUCCGCAUAUUAACUCGCCUCAUGCAGGUAAAAAACGAUGCAGUCGGUACUGAACAUGUGUCGGAGGGGGUGUGUGUUAGUCACGGCUCUCCUCAACCAGGGUGGAGGUCAACAUCAGUAGAGAGGAAGCGAAAUGGGGUUAAUAAUUACAAAUACAGAAGUAAGAUUUGAGAGGUUUGAGAUUGGUUGCAGGUUUUAAAUGAAAUGCUCACUUGGAGAGACGCCCACUGUGUUCAGAUUGCAUCUCUACUCCCGAACCUGUGUAGAAUAAGUCAAUGCUGCCUGUGCUCCUGACCUUUUUAUGUGUUAAUUCACCGAGUCGCACUCUUACACACGACCUGAGAAGUUUAUCUCAGUUACAUUUACAUUUACGCUUUAUUUAAAGUAACUUGCAGUUAAUAUUUGCUUAAAAACCCAAGAGUGGUGGCUCACAUGGCAGAGUUCAAUCCCUUGACUCUCUAAUAUAGUCCAGUAAUUAAUGGAGAUUGCUGAGUCUUUGUGCACGAUACAGAUCUCUUUAUGAACCCGGAUUCAUGCACACAUGUUGUAGGAGGCGUGUUAGUCACGGCUCUCCUCGGGCCGGCCUGGACUGUGAUCAGGUAACUGGAUAUGACUAAAUUCUAGAAGACAAAGUCUCUAGAAGUGAUUUCUCAUUGGGCGCUCGUGUCUCAAUGUAUGAGGCACUUUGUUAUUUAAAUCAUUUAUCUCUAAACAGUGUAAAACCUCAGGAGCACAGCGGUCAGACACAUAAAGACAUUUGCUGUUAGUAAUAAACUACAUGUGAAUUUAAACCCUCAUGUUUAAGUUGUGUUUGGUCACAGUCUGCACAAUGCUGUUAAUGUAAAUGUAAUCCACCUGGAAGCUGCUGCACUAAGAGAAUAAAACCCUCGGACUGACUGCA